CGUGAACGAAAACGUAUGCGGAAAGCGAGUCGGUAUGAAAACACACGUUGUGCAUUUGUAACGAAACUCCUGUGGUUGAUCCAGUGCAGGACCUACAAUUACUAUGACUGAUGAGACCAGAAAUACAGUGUUUGUGUACCUCGGGGAGGGAGCCUGUGAAGAAAAUGCAGAGGUUGUAGUGCAAACACUAAAGAGACACCUGGAUGAAAAGCACUACAUCUUCAAGUAUAUAUCCCCGGAAGAGACCAUUGCAGGAAACUGGAAAAAAUUGGCUGCCUUGUAUGUGAUUGGUGGAGGGUAUGACCUUGGCUUUAUCAAUGCCCUUGGGGAUGAAGGGACUCUACAGAUUCAGCAGUAUGUGGCUGAGGGAGGAGCCUAUCUCGGGAUCUGUGCGGGAUCCUACUUUGGAUGUGACUACAUAGAAUUUGACAAAAAUGGACCCCAGGAAGUUUGUGGGGAAAGGAUCCUUAAAUUUUUCCCAGGUUUGUGCGUGGGACCAGUUUGGGGUCCUUACAAUUACGGCAGUGAGAGCGGAAGUAGAGCGGCCCAGGUGGACUUCUUUGACAAGGAGACUACCACACUCCAAGCCUAUUUCAACGGCGGAGGAAUGUUUCUCUUCUACAGAGAUCAGUUCAUAUCUGUCAAACGUAUUUCUGACCAAGUUUUAAAGAAACGCUGCAUGGAGUCCUGUGAUAAGGACUCAAACCAGUCUAGUAAAAGUGAGGUUGUCGAGAGUAACCAAAAGGAUUCGGAGCUCAAAGAUUCGGGACCUGAAGGUGGUGAUAAUUCUGGACCAGAAGAUUUGACACACACAUUAGCUGUUUGCAGAACAGAAGGAGAGAAAGGAAAUGCAUUUUGUGAUGUCCAAACUGAUUUGUCAGGAAUAGAACCUCAUCCGAAACGAUCAAAAACAGAUCAUAAGAAAAAUAAAUGUGAAUCUCCUAUUGAGAAUGAAUCAGAGAGUGUCGUAAAAGAAAAAACAACCCAAAGCAAAGCUAUAUCACUGGACAAGAACGUGGAGGUACUGGCUGUGUACAGUGAGAUUGAGGGUCGACCAGCAGCUAUUGUUAGGUGCCAAGUAGGCAAGGGUGUAGCUGUUCUCAGCAGCCCACACAUCGAAUACGACAGCAACAGCCUCAACGGGGAGGACAAGGAUAUCAAACAAAUUAUGCCACAUCUCGUUGAUUCAGACACUCGCCAAAAACGCUGCUUCAGAUCCAUGCUGUCACAUCUUGGCUUGAAUCUGAGUCAAUAGCUUCAGAUCAAUGUGGUUAUAUCUAGGCUUGCUUCAUUUUGAAUCUCUAGCUUCAGAUCAGCUUGGUGACAUCUAAGAUGGCAUGACUUGAGUAGCUUCUCAUGAUUUUGGGUGGAUCUAAUCUAGCUUAACUCUUGAGUCACUAGCCUCAGAUCAGUGUUGUCAGAUUUAGUUUGGCUUGACUCUUGACAUCCUCGAUACUCUAGGGGUUACACUCACAUCCGCUCUCUGCACCCCUGGAAUAUAUCAUAGCAAAAUUG